GGGUAGUGAGGAAUCAUGGGAUCUUGGGUCUUCUACCUUUGACUGACACAACAUACUAACAUAUCAGCUACCUAACUCAGUCCACUUUCACCGUCACUGCAUCUCCAUCCCAUGAUUUCAGUUCAUUAACCAUCAACACAUUGCACAAAUAUUGCAAACACAAUUCUUGAUCCUCAAGAAUGGCAAUUUCAGUUGAAAGCCUAUUGAAAGAGAGGAAGUAUCCUUUCAUCUUCACCUUCAUGGUCUUGCUCAUUUGCUUCACGAUCCUCACAUUCACCUCCACCUCCACCUCCACCUUAGACCCCAUUGGCUUCUACCCCGAUGUCAAACCGCAACCACUCGCUCAUUUUUCUUCGCCGAGUCCUAAGCGCCAAAGAUUGCCACUCAAGGGAGAACCUUUCUUGGUUGAUGCAAACAUUGAUUGGAAGCCUUGUAAGGGUCCAUUGGCGAUGGAUUAUAUACCAUGUUUGGAUAACUUUAAGGCCAUUAAGGCUCUCAAGAAAAGGAGGCACAUGGAGCACAGGGAAAGGCACUGUCCUCAUUCUAGUCCUCACUGUUUGGUGCCUCUCCCCAAAGGAUAUAAAGUCCCCCUUCCUUGGCCUAAGAGCAGGGACAUGAUUUGGUAUGAUAAUGUCCCUCAUACAAAGCUUGUUGAAUACAAGAAGGAGCAAAACUGGGUGGUUAAGUCUGGCGAUUAUCUUGUCUUUCCCGGAGGUGGUACUCAAUUCAAAGAAGGAGUUAACCAUUAUAUUAAAUUCAUAGAGAAGACACUACCAGCAAUCCAAUGGGGAAAGAAUAUCAGGGUUGUUCUUGAUGCUGGUUGUGGAGUUGCUAGCUUUGGCGGCUAUCUUCUGGACAAAAAUGUUAUUACCAUGUCAUUUGCACCAAAGGAUGAGCACGAAGCUCAGAUACAGUUUGCUUUGGAACGAGGAAUUCCUGCAACUCUUUCUGUCAUUGGAACCCAAAAGUUGGCAUUUGCUGACAACGGAUUUGAUUUGAUUCAUUGUGCAAGAUGCAGGGUGCAUUGGGAUGCAGAUGGUGGCAAACCGUUGUUUGAGCUCAAUAGGAUUCUUAGACCUGGUGGUUUCUUUGCAUGGUCUGCCACACCAGUUUAUCGCGAUGAUGAAAGAGAUCAGAAAGUAUGGAAUGCCAUGGUGACCGUAACAAAAGCAAUGUGCUGGACUGUUGUGGCUAAGACUCUUGAUUCAUCUGGAAUUGGGCUUGUUAUAUACCAAAAGCCUACCUCAACUUCCUGUUAUCAGGAACGCAAAGAGAGAACUCCUCCUUUAUGUGAAACUAGCGAUAGGAAAAGUAUCUCAUCAUGGUAUACCAAACUCAGUAGCUGCCUUAUACCUCUUCCAGUUGAUGCUGAGGGUAAUCUGCAGAGCUGGCCAAUGCCUUGGCCCGAGAGGCUUACCAGUAUACCUCCGAGCUUAUCCAUUGAAUCCGAUGCCAGCGAGAUGUUCUUGAAGGACAGCAAACACUGGUCAGAAUUAGUUUCAGACGUUUAUAGGGAUGGUCUUUCUAUGAACUGGUCAAGUGUUCGAAAUAUAAUGGACAUGAAUGCAGGUUAUGCAGGAUUUGCUGCAGCACUCAUUGAUCUACCAGUCUGGGUGAUGAAUGUAGUACCCAUUGACAUGCCAGAUACUCUUACUACUAUAUUUGACAGAGGGCUAAUAGGAAUGUACCAUGAUUGGUGCGAGUCCUUAAACACAUAUCCUCGGACUUAUGAUCUUGUUCAUGCUAGCUUUCUCUUCAAACAUCUUAUGCAAAGAUGUGACAUUGUAGUUGUGGCUGUGGAGAUAGAUCGAAUAAUGAGACCAGAUGGGUAUCUCCUGGUUCAGGACUCUAUGGAAAUAAUUAACAAGCUCGGUCCGGUCCUGCGUUCACUUCAUUGGUCUGUAACGUUAUAUCAAAAUCAGUUUCUUGUUGGUAGGAAGAGUUUUUGGCGUCCAAGGCCCUAGAAACUGAAUGAAUGAUCAAUAAUAGGGUUGCUCAUCAUUUAUUUUA